AUGCUGCGGCUCCCACCGGACUAUCCCCAACCCACCCCACCCCACAGCCAAGAUGCGCCGGAGCGUUUCCGCUACACCAACCAGGGCGGAGAGACCCGGAUACCCGGGGCCGACGACCAGGCCGACCUGGAGCGCACCCGCUCUGCUCUGACCGUUCUGGGCGUGCCGCCCGACCAGCAGAUGGAGCUUUUCAGGAUCCUGUCGGCCGUUCUGCAUCUGGGAAACGUGAACAUCCGGGCCAGCGGGAGGAGCUCUGAGCGGAGUUACAUCGACGUAAACCAGUUUAAAUCCGAGUUGACGCCGCCCCCCCCCCCCCCCGGGGGGGCACCCCCCUCUCUGGCCCCCCCCUCAAACCUGCGGGGGGGGGGGGGGCCCAAAAGGCCCCCCUGGCUCUGCCACCGCCGGCUGGCCGUGGGGGGGGAGAUGCUGGUGAAGCCCACCACCGGUCAACAGGCCCUGGAGGCCAGAGACGCGCUGGCCAAACACAUCUACGGCCAGCUGUUCACCUGGACCGUCCAGAGGCUCAACUCCGCCCUGCGCACUCAGGGGGGCAAGGCCAAGUCCUUCAUAGGGGUGCUGGACAUCUACGGGUUUGAGACGUUUGAGCGGAACAGUUUUGAGCAGUUCUGCAUAAAUUAUGCCAACGAAAAACUCCAGCAGCAGUUUAACAGGCACGUGUUCCAGCUGGAGCAGGAGGAGUACGUCCGGGAGGAGCUGGCCUGGAACCGGAUCGAGUUCAGCGACAACCAGCAGUGCAUCUCGCUCAUAGAGGGCCAGCUGGGCAUGUUUGACCUGCUGGACGAGGAGUGCCGGAUGCCCAAAGGCUCCGACGACAGCUGGGUGCGUAAGCUGUACGACCAGCACCUGGGCAGCAGCCCCCACCCGCACCUCCGAAAGCCGCGCAUGUCCAACAGCGCCUUCAUCGUCCUGCACUUCGCCGACACGGUCCAGUACGAGUGCGGAGGCUUUCUGGACAAGAACCGAGACACGGUGUUCGAGGAGCUCAUCAACAUCCUCAGAGCCAGUCAGUCGGAGCUGGUGGCCGAGCUGUUCCAGCAGCAGGGGAACGGGCCGGCCAAUGGGAGCGUCCGCUCGGGGAGGCGGGCCCCCAGAGAGCACAGGCUGACCGUCGGGUUCCAGUUCCGUCAGUCCCUGCAGAUGCUGAUGGACACCCUCAACAGCACCACCCCCCACUACGUCCGCUGCAUCAAGCCCAACGACCUGAAGGAGCCGUUCAUGUUCGAUCCCAAGAGGACGGUCCAGCAGCUGAGAGCCUGCGGCGUCCUGGAGACCAUCCGCAUCAGCGCUGCCGGCUAUCCAUCCCGAUGGACGUACGAGGAGUUCUUCAGCCGGUACCGGGUCCUGGUGGGGGGGGCGGGGGCCCAGCGGCCGGAUCAGGCUUUGUGCAGGCAGGCCCUGCCCCUCCUCAUCCCCGACCAGGACCAGUACUGCUUCGGGAAGACCAAGGUCUUCUUCCGGGCGGGUCAGGUGGCUCUCCUGGAGAGGCUGAGGGCCGACCGGCUGCGGGGGGCCGCUGCGCUCAUCCAAAGCCGGGUCAGAGGAUGGCUGGCCCGGAUCCGGUACGCCAGGAUCCUCUGGGCCGCCGCCACCAUACAGAGAUACAGCAGAGGAACCCUGGCCAGGCGGCUGGCGCUGACGCUGCGCCACACUAAGGCCGCCUUGGUCAUCCAGAAGAGCUACCGAAUGGCCGUGGUCAGACAGCUGUUUCUCACCAUCCGGCAGGCCACCCUCACCAUCCAGGCGUUCUCCAGGGGGGCGCUGGCCCGCCGCAGACACAGACAGUUGGUGGCCCACCGGGCGGCCGUACGGCUGCAGGCGGGGGCCCGGGGCUGGCUGGCCCGCCGGGGGUACCGGCGGCUGAGGGCGGCCGUGGUUUUCCUGCAGUGCUGCGUGCGGCGGCGGGCGGCGAGGAGGCAGCUGCUGCGGCUGAAGAGCGAGGCCCGAUCGGUGGAGAAAUACCGGCAGCUCAACCGGGGAAUGGAGGUCAAGCUGAUGCAGCUCCAGAUGAGAGCCGACCAGGAGGCGAGGGAGGGCUCUGCUCUGAGGGAGACCCUGAACGCGGAGCGCGAGGCUGCAGCCGCCGAGAGGGAAGCCCUGAGGGCCAUCAUACUCAAACUGGAGAGCCAGAGGCCGGAGAAGCCCCCGGCCGGUCCAGUCAUCAGCGAGAAGGAGGUGGAGGAAAGGAGGAGAGCGGAGGAGAAGGCCGCGCAGGAAGUCCUCCGACUCAAACAGGAGUUGGAGAUCCUGAAGAAGGAGAAGGACGAUGUUUGCAAAGAGAAAGAGGAUCUCACUGCUCGCUUGUGCGAACAAGAAAGAACGCAGGAAGACAGCGUGCAUCAGGCUGUCUCCCAGGCGAACGUGGCUCUCCAGGCCCAGCUGGACGAGGAGAAGACCAAGUAUCAGGGACUCCUGAGGGACUUCUCCAGACUGGAGCAGAGAUACGACAACCUGAGGGAGAUGAGCCUGCUCACCGAGAGCGCCAGGGGCCACAGGAGGAGUGAUUCCGCCCAGAGCCUGGAGCCGCUGUCCCCCCCCCCUCUGUCGCCGGUAUCCUCCCCCUUUGCAUCCGCUUUCCCGUCCCCAGAGGAGCAGCGCCGGGUCAGCGUGACGUCUCCCUGCGUGGAGAGGAGGGCCCCGGAAACGUCGAUGGAGCAGCUGAUGGAGAGGCUGGACGUGGCCAAAGAGCCGGCGGUGAAGAUGAGAGGAGAGGACCUGGCCUUUGCUUAUGAUGCCGUACGGGUGGCCAACAGGUUUCUGGAGAACCAGCUGCGGACGCAGCAGGUCCAGUGGGAGGAGGAGCUGGAGGCCCUGAGGGGCCAGCUGGGCCGGGCCGUGGCCGCCUCUUCCCCCGAUGCACAGACGCAGGAGCUGCUGGAGGCCCGGGAAAAGGAGUGUGAGCGGCUGAGGAGGGAGCUGACCGAGCUGAGACCCGCCGCCUCGCUCCGGCGCCUCCUGAGCAGAGCUCUGAGCUCCGAGGCUUCCUGUCCACAUCAGCCAAAGGCGGCAGCCGUUGCAGGUUUGCUGGAGUGUCGGAAAAAAGACGAAUCCAAGCUCCUGAAGAACCUCAUCACAGACCUCCGGGUGGACGGCGCUCUGUCCCUGCCUCCUGGUCUGGCCGCCAGCGUCGUGUUCCUCUGCGUCCGUCAGGCGGACUGCAGCGGGGAACAAACCCGCGCUCGCUCGCUCUGCAGCGCCGCCGUGGCCGCCAUGAAGGCGGCUCUGAAGAAACAUGCGGGCGACGUGGACAUGACGGCCCUGUGGCUGAAGAACGUCUGGCUGCUGCACGACCUGUUGGCCCAGCACUCCCCGAAACGGACUCCUGACCCGGACGGUCGGGUUCCUCUGACUGUGGACCUGAGCGACUGCAUCCGCUCCCUGAGUGACCUCUGCAUCCAGGCCUACCAGCAGCUGCUGUCCAUCACCGAGACCCGCCUCCAGAACAUCAUAGUCCCGGCCCUGCUGGAGAGCGAGACCAUCGCGGGGUUGUCGGGCUCCGGGGGGGUGAAGCUGGGCGCGUCCAGGAAGCGGGCGGGCUCGGAGCCCCGCCCCCCGGCGGGGGGGGGGGAGGCCCCCCCCACCAUGGCGGCGGUGCUGAGGGAGCUGGGGGCGCUGCACGCCGCCCUCAGCCGGCAGCUGCUGCCCCCCGGGCUGCCGGAGCAGGCCUUCAGGAGAAUCAGCCACCUCAUCUGCGCCGGGGCCCUCAACAACCUGCUGCUCAGGAAGGACGUGUGCAGCUGGAGCCGGGGCAUGCAGAUCCGGUACGGGAGCGUGCACGGGAACGUGCACGUGAACGUGCACGGGAACGCGCACGAGAACGCGCACGUGUGCCAUCCGCAGCGCCCUCUGUCUGUUCAGUGCGUCGGCCCCGGCUGCACGGACAAAACGCUGCUGUCGGCCAUCGCCAGCGCGCUGCACACCAGCGCCGCGCCCAUCACCGGCCAGCUGUCGGCCGCCGUGGAGAAGAACCCGGGGGUCUGGCUCAACACGGCCCAGCCGCUCUGCAAGGCCUUCAUCGUCACCGACGAGGACAUCAGGAAGCAGGAGGAGCUCCCGAGAAACAGCCCAAUCAUAAAUCUCCCCUCAGUUAAACAGGAAACAGCUCAGGCCGGUGUGACACGUUGGAUUAUGGAUUAUGGGGUUUUUGUUUAA